AUGCCGCCGAAAAAGCCGGCUCUCCACACCUUGGCACCUCUAAUGCCGAAAGGCACGCCCCUGCGCGACACUGGCACGAAGAAAAACUACUCGAUUGGCGAGCAGUUCGCCACUGGAGGCUUCGGAAGAAUCUAUACUUGCAAAGAGGAAGGGAGUAGUGCCGAAUUCUGCUGCAAGGUCGAGCCCAAUGGGAAUGGCCCCCUCUUCACAGAAGUCAACGUCUUCCUUCGGCUAUUCAAGGCAGACAUGAUCAACUCUUACAAGGAGACGCACGGACUGAAAAGGCUUGGACUUCCAUAUCUCGUCAGCUCUGGCACCUUCGACUACAUGAAAGUACGGUACCGGUACCUCAUCAUGCCGAAGUACGCGACGUCACUGGAGGCAGUCCGAGAAAAGGCAUCAACAUUUGACGGAGAAGCUUGUUUGAAGAUCUGUCACCCCAUACUGCAAGCUCUCGAAUAUAUGCACUCUAACUCUGACUCAUACGUUCACGCUGACAUCAAAGCAGCCAAUAUAUUACUCGAAAAUCCGCGUGAUGUUUCGACUGCGGUCUUGGUGGACUUUGGCUUGGCGCGAAAGUCCGCCAAGAACGUGGAGAAACCGGAUAAGAAGCGAGCACAUAACGGGACGGCUAUCUUCACUUCACUCGACGCUCACCGUGGUCUCCAGCCAUCAUAUCGUGGUGACUUGGAGAUUUUGCUCUACAACAUUGUGUUCUGGUUGACCGGUGAUUUGCCGUGGAAGAAAUACGAGGAUGAUCCGAAUCGUGUGAUGGCAGAAAAAGAAGUCUUCGUAAAGAGCCUCGAUGCCAAGCUGAAAGCGCUCACGCCCGGUUGUGACUCUUGGAUCAAGGCAUUAUUCCGUCUGGCUCUGGGCACUGAUUACGCGAAGGGCAUCAAUUUCGGCGAAAUUUACAAGAUCAUCGACAAUGCCACGAAGAAUUCUCGCACCAGCCCUCUGAAGGCGAAGACUGCCGCUUCAUCGCGGCUUCCGUUGAAGCGUGGAUCGGCGGACCUAGAUGCCGAAUUGGAAGCCGAGAACAUUUCGACACCUUUGAAGGCCACCAAGAAAGUCAAGCCGACCGAGCGAGGAAAUGCCAGCACUGCAAAGAGAUCAGUCCGAAAGAAGGCGGUCAUUGAUUCCGAGGAGGACGAUGAAACCGAGGAAUUCUAUACACCAGCCAAAACUACAUCACGCAAGGAUAAAAUGCCAACGCCCGUUGCGACAAAUCGCAACGCUAGAGCAGCGAAGGCCGCGGUGCCGCCUUCGGCUAUCCCCACUGGCUCAGCCCUGUCAAGAACUCCCCCCAAGCCAACGAAAGCUCUGCCAAAAGGACAACGUGGCGGUGUCUCUGACGAGGUCAAGUGUAGCCCGGGCCAACUCCGCAUGAUUCCAGGGAUGUUGAACUUCGCUCCGAAGGGCCGUCGGACGAUCCUGAUCAACCAGAUCGCAGAGAAGCACAAGCGCAAGGCCCGUGACGAAGAAUCGGAUGAGGAC